CUCGACGGAAUCACGUGAUAUGUUCUUGUUUUGCGCAUCCCAUUCCCUGCACAGCCUGUGGAACUGUCGACUGGACAAUUGCUCUCAAUAUCGCCGUGAAAAUGGUGACACCUGAGAACUUGUCUGGCGAUACAGGUGGGCGAAGGGAGCCCCUCAGAUUUGACCAGGAUGCGUCCGCGACGGCCGUGGAUAUGGACACGGCAAUCGUGCUUCUCGGAGCCGGGGUGACAGCGAUCACACACCCGCUUCUGUAUGUCAAACUGCUAAUUCAGAUUGGACAUGAGCCCCUCACCCCAACUGUUGGAGCCACCAUGUUUGGGAGGAAAGUGUUCUACCUACCUGGAUUCUUCUCCUAUGCACAGCACAUCGUAAGGGUCGACGGAAAGAUGGGACUCUUCCGAGGUCUGUCCCCUCGUAUAAUGUCCAGUGCCAUCUCCACCAUGGUCCGGAGUAAAGUCAAAGAGGCCAUUCCAGCAGAGCAGGCGGAGCAUGUAUCGAACAGAGACGACUUGAAGACCUCCCUCAGGAAAGUGAUGAAAGAGACCUCACAUGAGAUGGUUAUCCAGUGCCUGUCCAGAAUAGCCACUCAUCCCUUCCAUGUGAUCUCAGUGCGAUGCAUGGCUCAGUUUGUGGGGAGAGAAGACAAGUACAGGGGGCUGUUCGGCUGCAUCACGAGAAUCUUCAACGAUGAGGGCGUUGGGGGAUUCUUUGUGGGGGUUGUGCCCCAUGUCCUAGGGGAGAUCAUCUUUCUGUGGUGUUGUAACCUCCUGGCCCACUUCAUCAACACCUACGCCGUGGACGACAAUUUCAGCCAAGCCCCAGCAGUGAGAAGCUACACCAAGUUUGUGAUGGGGAUUGCAGUGAGUGUGUUGACGUACCCAUUUAUGCUGGUGGCAGACCUGAUGGCAGUUAACAACUGUGGGUUGGUGGCUGGUCUUCCCCCUAACUCUCCCAUCUUUAAGUCCUGGAUCCACUGUUGGGCUCAUCUGAGCCACGAGGGCCAUCUCUUCCGAGGAUCCAGCUUCUUUUAUCGCCGCGUGCCUGUGACAGGGAUGGCUUUGACUGAGGAGUGAUGUCAUCAACCACCGCACAACCUGUGCCACUGUUCUCCCUCCUAACCGGUACCUCAGUGAGACCAAUGUUCAACCGCCCCCUCACCUUAAACCCCCCAGCGGAUAAAGCCGGAGCAGCAUGUUAUCAUUGGGCUAGGUGUUUUACUGAAGUAGUUACUUUCAAAUGAAGAGUUUUGUUAAUCUUGUUUUUAAUCUAAAUAAUAAUGUAGCCACUCAAAAGUAAGAGGUCGGAGGAGUGAGACUUAAUGUGAACAAAUCAAAAUUAUAUCCAAUAUAUUUUGUCUUGGUUGAAUGCUGAGGGUAUAAUCUCCUUUUACUAUACCAGCAAAGUUGCACUAUUUUUUUAUUUAUUUGAAUCUAUCACUUAAUUUUGCUAUAUUUAUAGGACACAGUUUAAUUAAGUUCUAUGUAGGCUUUAAAAUUGGAUAGUUGAUUUCCAUCUAUUGAAAAACUGCCAAAUGUUUAUUUUUCAAAGGGUCUUCCUAGUAGCAUGAUAAGUGGUUGCAUUCGAAAGUGCUCAUUUGCCUCCUAUCAGAAGUGCUUUAACUAACAAUUAUACCUAUUUACAAACACCAUAAUCCCACAAAAACUGGAGUGCUCUCUAGUGAUGCACCGAUAUGACAUUUUUGUCCGAUACCGAUAUCCAAUAUUUUCCUUGCCCCCAAAAAACGGCACCGAUAACAGAUAUAUACAAUUUUAGCGGCCUUUUAAGCAUUCUAGACAGUUAAAUAGUUAACACACACACAUGGACGCAACAGACUAAGGCACUGCAUCUCAGUGCAAGAGGCGUCACUACAGUCCGUGGUUCAAAUCCAGGCUGUAUCACAUCCGGCCGUGAUUGGGAGUCCCAUAGAGCGGCGCACAAUUGGCCCAGCAUCGCCCGGGCCAUCAUUGUAAAUAAGAAUUUGUUAAUUGACUUGCCUAUUUAAAUAAAGGUUAGACAUACAAACACACCACACUGACCAAAAAGUUAUUUUGUUGGCAUUUACAUAUGUCCCCAUUACCAGUCAAACAUAAUCAAAACCUAUUUAUUUCACUUACAGUUGAAGUCGGAGGUUUACAUACACCUUAGCCAAAUACAUUUUUCACAAUUCCUGACAUUUAAUCCUAGUAAAAAUUCCCUGUCUUAGGUCAGUUAGGAUCACCACUUUAUUUUAAGAAUGUGAAAUGUCAGAAUAAUAGAGAAUUAUUUCUUUCAGCUUUUAUUUCUUUCAUCACAUUCCCAGUGGGUCAGAAGUUUACAUACACUCAAUUAGUAUUUGGUAGCAUUGCCUUUAAAUUGUUUAACUUGAGUCAAACGUUUCGGGUAGCCUUCCACAAGCUUCCCACAAUAAAUUGGGUGAAUUUUGGCCCAUUCCUCCUGACAGAGCUGGUGUCUGUUUUCUAGGCCUCCUUGUUCGCACAUGUUUUUUCAGUUCUGCAACAAAUUUUCUAUAGGAUUGAGGUCAGUGCUUUGUGAUGGCCACUCUAAUACCUUGACUUUGUUGCCAUUUUGCCUCAACUUUGGAAGUAUGCCUGGGGUCAUUGUCCAUUUGGAAGACCCAUUUGCAGCCAAGCUUUAACUUCCUGACUGAUGUCUUGAGAUGUUGCUUCAAUAUAUCCACAUCAUUUUCCGUCCUCAUGAUGCCAUCUAUUUUGUGAAGUGCACCCGUCCUUCCUCUAGCAAACAGGACAACAUGAUGCUGCCACCCCCGUGCUUCACGGUUGGGAUGGUGUUCUUCGACUUGCAAUCCUCCCCCUUUUUCCUCCAAACAUAACGAUGAUCAAACAGUUCUAUUUUCGUUUCAUCAGACCAGAGAACAUUUCUCCAAAAAGUACGAUCUUUGUCCCCAUGUGCAGUUGCAAACCGUAGUCUGGCUUUUUGAUGUCGGUUUUGGAGCAGUGGCUUCUUCCUUGCUGAGCGGCCUUUCAGGUUAUGUCGAUAUAGGACUCGUUUUUACUGUGGAUAUAGAUACUUUUGUACCUGUUUCCUCCAGCAUCCUCACAAGGUCCUUUGCUGUUGUUCUGGGAUUGAUUUGCACUUUUCGCACCAAAAUACGUUAAUCUCUAGGAGACAGAAUGCAUCUCCUUCCUGAGCGGUAUGACGGCUGCGUGGUCCCAUGGUGUUUAUACUUGCGUACAAUUGUUUGUACAGAUGAAUGUGGUACCUUCAUGCGUUUGGAAAUUGUUCCCAAGGAUGAAACAGACUUGUGGAGGUGUACAAUUUAUUUUCAGAGGUCUUGGCUGAUUUCUUUUGAUUUUCCCAUGAUGUCAAGCAAAAAGGCACUGAGUUUGAAGGUGGGCCUUGAAAUACAUCCACAGGUACACCUCCAAUUGACUCAAAUUAUGUCAAUUGGCCUAUCAGAAACUUCUAAAGCCAUGACAUAAUUUUCUGGAAUUUUCCAAGCUGUUUAAAGGCAGUCAACUUAGUGUAUGUAAACUUCUGACCCACUGGAAUUGUGAUACAGUGAAUUAUAAGUGAAAUAAUCUGUCUGUAAACAAUUGUUGGGAAAAUCAUGUGUGUCAUGCACAAAGUAGAUGUCCUAACCGACUUGCCAAAGCUAUAGUUUGUUAACAAGAAAUUUGUGGAGUGGUUGAAAAACAAGUUUUAAUGACUCCAACCUAAGUGUAUGUAAACUUCCGACUUCAACUGUACUUGCUGUGCUGUUUCGUUGUUCAGUCAUUUCAUUCUCAGCCAGGAUAUCUAUGGAACGCAGUUUGGGUCUUUGCGUGUCAAAUAACACUAUUUUACCAAUCAGGACCUGAAUACAACUGCAUUUGUCAAUAUCACACAUUUUGUGUUCUAAUUUGUGUGACGUGAUGGGUAUGUUUGUGUUACCAGUGACAAAGAAAUGCUAAAUUACAGUGCCUUCAGAAAGUAUUCACACGGCCUCCCGGGUGGCGCAGUGGUCUAGGGCACUGCAUCGCAGUGCUAACUGCGCCACCAGAGUCUCUGCGUUCGCGCCCAGGCUCUGUCGCAGCCGGCCGCGACCGGGAGGUCCGUGGGGCGACGCACAAUUGGCAUAGCGUCGUCCGGGGUAGGGAGGGUUUGGCCGGUAGGGAUAUCCUUGUCUCAUCGCGCUCCAGCGACUCCUGUGGCGGGCCGGGCGCAGUGCGCGCCAGCCAAGGGGGCCAGGUACACGGUGUUUCCUCCGACACAUUGGUGCGGCUGGCUUCCGGGUUGGAGGCGCGCUGUGUUAAGAAGCAGUACGGCUGGUUGGGUUGUGCUUCGGAGGACGCAUGGCUUUCGACCUUCGUCUCUCCCGAGCCCGUACGGGAGUUGUAGCAAUGAGACAAGGUAGUAAUUACUAGCGAUUGGAUACCACGAAAAUUGGGGAGAAAAUGGGAUAAAAUUUUUAAAAAAAAAAUUAAAAAUAGAAAGUAUUCACACCCUUUUGACUUUUUCCACAUUUUGUGUUACAGCCUUAAUUAAAAAUUUAUAAUUCUGUCACUGACCUACCUACAUAUAAUACCCCAUAAAGUCAAAGUGGGGUAAUGUGUUUUGAAAUGUUUACUCAUUAAUAAAAAUUGAAAAACUGAAA